GUUCGAAGACUAAUGUUGUUGGUCUAUCCGACGAAAAUGUGGUGGAUUCUGUAAGUACGCCUUCACUAUCUGUUACAAAAUCUGUUGAAGAUGAAGGUGCUGCACAUAAGACCUUCGACGAUGAGGACUUUGAUAUACUCGAAGUGGCAUCUUUCUGGAAUAAAGGCAAAGCCCUCGUCAAAUCAAAGAAGACACAGUCGGAGAAUGUGCCUUUAAUUGAGGAUGACUUCAACGAUAAGGCGUACGAGCAAUUCAUUGAGUCGGGCAGAGCUGUUGUCGGGCCUUUCAAGACGAAGGAAGCGAUCCCCCGUAACCAAUAUGGGUUUUACAAGUUUAUUUUUAGCAACACGUUAGAUCCGGGAUAUGUGCUUGCGAAAUUUCGAAAGUUUGAAGUGGAUAGGAGGUGCAUGGCAUCGUUGCGACCGUUGCGAGAAGUUGAGGGAUCCAUCAUUGACUGUUUUUCUAUACUAAUGAACAAGUACGAACGUGAUAGUCGAUUACCUGACCAACCUCGUGUUUGGUACAUGCCCACUCGCAUCUCGCAAAAAACUCUCGGUUCGUUUAAUGUGAAGAGGAUUGCGAAAGACCGGGAGUGGUCAAAACUGUUUUACGAAGACAACUUGGAAAAAUGCGUCAAGAUGUUUGUGCCGGUGUUGACUCUAGAAGGUGCACCACAUUGGUUUGGUGCCGAAGUAAAUAUGAAGUCCAAGGUUGUCUCAUUUAUGGACUCCCUACACACCGCAAUGAAUGAGAAGUAUCGUGUGGAGGCUACGAAAGAAAUGUUGUCGACGUUGGACCUUUUGUUUGAGGAGAAUAGGUCGAAGAAUGUGACUUUCGUGGAUUUCAGAAUUGACAGGAAAGAUCGCGGGCUUCCUCAACAAGACAAUGACCGAGAUUGUGGAGUAUACGUCAUGAAGUACAUGGACGCUGUGGCCAAUGAGGAAGAAGUAGUUGAUGAGGUAUACCACUUUUUAAAUAUUUCAGAAUGUACUACGCAAGUUUGAUUGAGAUUAACGUUGUGUAAUUUAAAUUUUAU